AUGGCUCCUGCAAUAUCCUUGCUGUGCACCGCUACUCGUGUUAAUUCACUGUGGACUUGUUCGCUGGAUCAAGACUGCACAAGUCUGUCUGGUAGUAUAUGUAACUCUGGCGCUUGUGAGUGUCGUCCUGGACAGCAGGCGGUUAGGGGGGGAAGGGAAUGUGUUGACAUAUCACCAUACCUCGAGUCACCCUGCGUAGAAGAUCACCAAUGCGCUCGACUGUUUAGUGGGUACCACUGUCUGUCUAGUGGCGGUAACAACACUGCAGGAAUUUGCUUCUGUCAAGAAGGAUAUCAUUACUUCCACGGUAGAUGUUGGAAAUCUCUCGAGUUCGGAGACUCGUGUACCAGAUCUGAGGAGUGCUUGGGUGUCAUCCGUGACCCAUUCAGCUUAACUUGCAAUGGUGUCUGUCAAUGUGCAGAGGGCUACAUUGAGAGGCAGAGAGGAGAAUGUAGGAGGGUAACUCUCGCUCCUGGCGGUGGAUGUGUCUUGGACCAAGACUGUCAGUUUCCGAACGGAGCUUGUAAUCAAGAGACGUUUACUUGCGUUGAAAGUACUCCUACUCAAAUGAAUACCGACACAGAGUUUCCAGACAAAAUUCAUACGUCAAUCAAAAUGGCGGUAAAUAACAACAAAAUGGCGGCAAAUAACAACAAAAUGGCGGCUGAACGAACUAUAUGCAACUCGAGCGUUCCAUGUCCGAGCCCGUUUGAAUGCUCCGCGUUCGGCGUCUGUGUUUGUCCGUCUGGUUACUACGAAAGCACUAAUGGCCAAAUAUGCUAUGCGGAUCUCGGAUCGCCGUCCACCGGCGAGCAAUGCGUCGGUCUGCUGGCAGAGGUUAUAGAUGGAGUCUGUUCUUGCCGCCCCAAUUUCUUUUACGACUAUAACAUGCGAGACUGUAUUAGAGUCACCAGACGUAUACAAGAUUCCUGUGUCAGUGACGUUCACUGCCAUACCUUCGGAACGACCGCUCGCUGCGGCCCCCCAAAAGAUCCCUGGGGGAUACGGAAUUGCGAAUGUAUCCCUGAAACCUCUGUGUGGGACGAGAACAGACAGAUUUGCAGAUUAUUUGCCGGUAUCGGCGAGGCGUGCGAAGUUGACAGCGAUUGUUUGGCCGGAGCGCUGGAAAUAAGAUGUGUCGUUAACGACGAAGGCGCUGGAUUCUGCGCUUGCCCUGAAGACUUAAACGAAGUGGACGGAUUAUGUCUCUCAAGUGGUCUAGAACUCGGAGAUCCCUGUCAGAGUACACUAGAAUGCACAGCGACAAACAACACAAUCUGCAACGGCGUCUGUGCCUGUGCUGAAGGAUAUCAGGCGGUUGACGAUUUUUGUGCUCCGAUCAUCGGCGGUUCCUGCACCCUGGACUCAGACUGUCUGAUCGAGAACACAAUCUGCGUCAACACGACGUCUGGCAACACUUGUCAAUGCAAUGAAAACUUCGUCGAACACAACGACGUUUGCUGGCCUGGAGUACCUGGAUUCAAUUCAAGCUGUUCCGUGACCGCGCAGUGUGCAGCUGCGCUCGGGGUGGGCAGUAUCUGUGCGGAUAACAAAUGCACCUGUAUAGAGAACUACCAUCACAGAGAUGGUGGAUGCUGGCCUAUUACUGGUCUAUUUGAACGUUGUGAACGAAGCAGUCAGUGCUAUUUAGAAGGUUCGAACGAUAAGGUCGUCUGUCGGAACAGUUUUUGCGAGUGUGACUUCAAAUAUCCAUAUUCACCGGAACUGGGCACGUGCUUGCCCUCAAAAGCGAGUGCUGUCAGCGCCUGCGCAGUUCUGAUUCUGUCGGCCAUAUCGAUGUUAAUUAGAUAAAAUUUAAUGCUUAAAUUAUUUAUGUACAGUUAUUUUUUAAUCUUAUAUUAUAAUAAACUAUGAAACA